CCUCGAGUCCCCACCCGUCAGAUCGGGAACGCCAAUACGCGCAGCGCACCUAUCCCCCACUACCACCGGCAACCGACGAAACCCGCACCCACUCCACCACAUCCUCCUCCUCUCCGGCAGCCCGACCGACGCCGCAGCCGGCGCAUCGCCGCGAUGGGCCGCAAGCUCGCGCUCCUGGUGGGCAUCAACUACCCCGGCACCAAGGCCGAGCUCAAGGGAUGCCACAACGACGUUGACCGCAUGCACAAGUGCCUCGUCGACCGGUUCGGCUUCGACGAGGAGAACAUCACCGUCCUCCUCGACCGCGGCUCCUCCGGGCCGCAGCCCACCGGCGCCAACAUCCGCCACGCGUUGGCCAAGCUCGUCGGGGACGCGCGCCGUGGGGACUUCCUCUUCUUCCACUACAGCGGCCACGGCACGCGGCUGCCGGCCGAGACCGGGCAGGACGACGAUACCGGGUACGACGAGUGCAUCGUGCCCAGCGACAUGAAUCUCAUAACAGAUCAAGAUUUCAGAGAUCUGGUGCAGAAGGUCCCGGAUGGUUGCAUAUUUACCAUCGUCUCCGACUCAUGCCACAGUGGUGGCCUACUGGACAAGGCAAAGGAACAGAUAGGCAAUAGCACCAGGCAGAAUCAGACCCAGUCUCGUGAACCCGAAGAAGAGCGAUCUCAUUCUGGCAGCGGGUUCCGGUCCUUCCUCAAAGAGACCGUUCGUGACGCGUUUGAGUCUCAUAGCCGCCACGGAGGUGAGGACCAGGAUGAGCAACCAACUGGGGAUGGUCUCACUAAAAAUCGCUCGCUGCCACUCUCAACACUUAUUGAGAUGCUCAAGGAGCAAACUGGGAAGGAUGACAUUGAGGAGGGCUCAAUCCGGCUGACUCUGUUUAACGUCUUCGGGGACGAUGCCAGCCCAAAGAUCAAGAAGUUCAUGAAAGUCAUGCUUGAUAAGUUCCAUGAAGGUGGAUCAGGUGAGCAGGGCGGUGUCAUGGGCAUGGUUGGUUCGCUAGCUCACCAGUUCCUGAAGGCUAAGCUUGAAGGCAACGAGGAAGAGACUUUCAAGCCAGCGAUAGAACAAGAUAUGGGCAGUGCUGAAGAGGCGUAUGCCGGGACUAAGUCAUGGGCGCCUAACAACGGCAUCCUCAUCAGUGGGUGCCAAACCAGCCAGACAUCAGCAGAUGCAACCAUACCGGGGGGUACGUCCUUUGGCGCGAUGAGCAAUGCAAUCCAGGCCAUUCUUGCGAGCGAUGAUGGGAAGAUAACAAACAAGGAUCUCGUUAUGAAAGCACGCGCGGCACUGUCCAAGCAAGGAUACACUCAGCAGCCUGGCCUCUACUGCAGUGAUGAGCAUGUUCAUGUGGCUUUCAUCUGCUGAAACAUGGAUUGAUGUUGUGCUUUGUUUUCUUUCUGUGAUGAGCUGUGCACGAGAGGUUUCAGUUUUCCCUUUGCUCCCCCCUGGUUUGCUGUGGUUAUGUAUUUAUUAUGUCAAAAACUGUGAGUUGAAAUACGUCAGUACUGAAAUAAGGAAUUGCCAUGUAAACUUUAUACAUAGUACACAUAUACUAGUUGCUUCUUUAGUUUCA